AUGGCGGAAACGGACUCGACAUCGAGGGUCAACGCGCCUGCUGGUGUCUCUAGUGGUGCUACCGGACAGAAUAGCCGUACGCACCGAGUACUACUGACACGGAGGACCACACUACUUGCAGCACUGGGUCGGGCCGAGGCAUUUUUGGCGGACUACGAUGCUGUGAGGGACGCGACGAAGGUGCAGGUGCGGCUGGACCACAUCGAGAACGUUUGGAAGAGCUUAGAGGAGGUGCAGACGGAAUUGGAGUGUGCUGAGGAGAGCGAAGAAGGUAUGGAAUUGCAUGAAGAAGCACGUGCCAGCUUUGAAGAACGAUUGCUAAUAAUAAAAGCAGAAUUAACAUCCAAACUUCCUGUUAUUCCUAUUGACUCUCAAAUCCUUCAAACUGUACACCCUACUUCCGCUCUCUCUGGUUUGAAACUGCCGACUAUUUCUCUUCCUGAAUUCGACGGGGACUAUAUGCAAUGGUUGGGUUUCCAUGAUACGUUCUUAGCUCUGAUUCAUUCGAACACCGAUGUGCCAGCGAUUCAGAAGUUCCACUAUCUGAAAGCAGCUUUGAAAGGGGAGGCUGCCCAGCUAAUUGAAUCGAUUGCGAUUAGCGCAGCAAAUUAUAAUUUGGCUUGGGAUGCUCUGGUGGGACGUUAUGCGAAUGAUUAUCUCUUGAAAAAGCGACACUUACAGGCUCUUUUCGACGUUCAUCCAAUGAAGAAGGAAACCGCAGUGACACUCCACGCGUUGGUGGACGAGUUUGAACGUCAUGUGAAGACUCUGCAGCAGAUGGGCGAACCGACGGCGCAGUGGAGCAGCAUUCUUGAGCACCUACUGUGCACACGUCUACACGAUGACACGCUCAAAGCGUGGGAGGACCAUUCCUCCACCGUGGACGAUCCGAACUAUUCGUGUCUCAUCGAUUUUCUCCAACGUCGGAUGCGUGUUUUGGAAUCAAUUUCCGUCAAUAACCAUGCGUCUCCUUGCUAUGGGAAUUCGGCGAACAGUAACUUGAAAAGGUCAACUCAGUUUCGUCUUUCUUCGAACGCUGCCACUACUAAUUCUGGCAGUAAGUGCCCUGCGUGCGGCCAGGAGCAUUUCAUCACCCGGUGUCAGAAAUUCAACGGUUUUUCAGUUGCUCAGCGACGGCAACUGGUGUUCAAGAAGCGACUGUGUAACAACUGCUUGAAGGGUGAUCACAUGGCGAAGGAUUGCACUUCAAAUUUCAAUUGUAGGCAUUGCAAUAUGCGACACCAUUCUUUCCUCCAUUCUGCGUCGUACGAGGGUUCUCAGAGGUCCGCUCCCGAGACUCAUUUCUCCAGUACCCCAGCUGUAGUGCAGAAUGCUCCGCCCUUGGUGGGCAAGCCUAGUGUGCAAUCGACGGUUGCAGCCACCGAAAACAUCCUUGAUUGUGAGGUGAGUGCUCCAGUGCAGCAGCCGCGGGAAAACGUUUUUCUUCAGACGGUACUGGUGAAGAUUGUCGAUGCUUUUGGGCAGGAUCAUCUAGCACGUGCUCUUCUCGACAGCGCAUCGCAGCCCAACCUAAUCACUGAGCGGCUGGCACGCCUGCUACGACUAAGAAGAAGCAACGUGAACGUGACUAUCCAUGGGGCCGGUCAGCUUCAGCAAACGGUGCGCAACUCUAUCGUGGCCCAAGUCAAGUCGCGAGGCGGCAAUUUCGAUUUAGGGAUCAGCUUUCUAGUGAUAGACAAGGUCACUGCAGACCUUCCGGCGCAGGAUAUUACCAUCGCGGACUGGCAGAUUCCCGACGAACUUCCCCUGGCCGGUCCUGCGUUCAACAUGAGGCAACGCAUUGACAUGGUUCUGGGGGCGAAACAUUACCAUUCGUUCUUCCCCAGUGCAGCUCGCAUUCAGCUCGGUGAGCAGCUCCCACAUCUAAUGAAGAGCGUGUUUGGAUGGGUCGUAACAGGUUCCGCUUCACUACAACAGCUUACGCAACCGUCCACUUCCACUGUCAGUUCCUACAACACCGUAACUGUAUCCAUAAUUUCGUUGGAGGACAGCAUCGAGCGCUUUUGGAAGAUCGAACACUUGCAGAUGAGUGAUAACUAUUCGGUCGAGGAACGUCACUGCGAAUCUUUGUUCCAAUCGACGGUGGCACGGACAGCUGAGGGACGCUACAUGGUCCGACUGCCUCGAAAGCCAGAUUUCGACGCCAUGAUGGGAGAAUCCAGAGCCAGCGCUCUUCGUCGGUACGAAAUGCUUGAGCGCAGACUGGAAAGGAACUCAACACUCAAGGAGGAGUAUCACAAGUUCCUACAGGAGUACCUGUCCCUCGGCCAUAUGCGGCUGGUCGAGCCGGGCAGCAAAGUUACCGGCGCUGCUUAUUAUUUACCACAUCAUCCGGUUCUGAAGGAGUCAAGCACGACGACGAAACUUCGGGUGGUCUUCGACGGCUCUGCUAAAACGUCCACUGGUUAUUCCCUCAAUGAAGCGCUCUGUGUGGGACCGGUCGUUCAAGACGACUUGCUGUCCAUUGUUUUACGGUUUCGUACCUACCAGGUUGCCCUCGUCGGAGACAUCGCGAAGAUGUAUAGGCAGGUCCUGGUACACCCUGACGAUACUCCCCUGCAACGCAUCCUGUGGCGUUUUUCUACGGACACACCUGUCCAAACCUACGAGCUACUGACCGUGACAUACGGACUUACUCCAUCGUCAUUCCUGGCGACUCGCGCUCUUCAGCAAUUGGCCGCUGAUGAAGGCGACGCCUACUCUCUCGCUGGUCCAGCAUUAAGGAAGAAUUUCUACAUCGACGAUUUCAUCGGUGGGGCCAGCUCCACAGAAGAUGCAAUCCGACUCCGAGAAGAGCUGUCGGAUCUAAUGCAAAAGGGUGGACUCGAACUGCGCAAGUGGACAUCUAACCGUUUCGAAGUUCUGCAAGGCCUGGACGAAGACCAUAUCGGGACUCAAUCAACGUUGAGCUUCACUCCCAACGAAACAACCAAGGCACUGGGAAUCGGCUGGGAGCCAGAGAACGAUUUUCUUCGCUUCGAUUCAACGGUGCAACCACGAGAUGCGCCGCCCACGAAACGUACGAUACUCUCUGACAUCGCUAAGCUAUUCGAUCCUCUUGGGUUGAUAGCACCUGUGGUUGUACGCGCUAAAAUCCUCAUGCAGGAGUUGUGGCUGCUUUCCUGCGACUGGGACGAACCAGUCCCAGAUACCGUGCGUAGGAAGUGGGAGAGUUUCAGCAGUGAGCUUCCACUUAUCUCGUCCUACCGAGUUGAACGCUGCGCAUUCCUACCAGAUUCGCUCGUGGAGCUGCACACUUUCGCGGAUGCCUCUCAAGACGCUUACGGAGCGUGUACGUAUGCUCGUUGCAAAAACGACCAGGGAGAAGUGAAAAUAAUUCUGCUUGCCUCGAAGUCCAGGGUCGCACCGCUCAAACGCCUAUCCAUCGCACGCUUAGAGCUUUGUGCAGCCGUUCUCGCAGCACAUCUGUACCACCGCAUCAAGCAAGCCAUCGACGUCAGCAUUUCCGCAGCAUACUUCUGGUCAGACUCAUCCGUAACCCUGCAGUGGCUCCAGUCUCCACCCAACGUAUGGAAAACUUUCGUCGCUAACCGCGUGUCCGAGGUGCAACACUACACGCAUGGAUGCCGGUGGAAUCACAUUUCUGGAGUUGAGAAUCCCGCUGAUCUGGUGUCCCGGGGUCUCUCGGUCGAAGAUUUCCUUUGUAGCGACCUGUGGAAGCGUGGACCUGCAUGGUUGUCGAGUUCAUCUGAACACUGGCCAAUUUCGAAGCCGUCAGAAGUCGCCGACGAGGUUUUGGAGAUUAAACAAUUAGUCGCUAUCGUUCAAACACCAUCAACGUGUAACUUCUUGUUCCUCCGUUGGAGUUCGUACAGACGCCUGUUGAACUGCACUGCCAUUUGCUUACGCUUCAUCAACAAUGCACGUAUCAAAGCUAGAACCCAAUCAAUCCCCACUACAGAGCCUGUGUCGCAAAUACUUACCGUCGAAUAUCUUACCCAAGCCAAAACGCUGCUGCUUCGCCUAGCCCAGAGAGAUGCCUUCCGAGAGGAAAUGAAGGACUUGAAAGCAGGAAAACCCCUGCCAAAACGCUCCCACAUUCGCCAAAUGAAUCCCUUCAUUGAUCCAGAGGGUGUAAUGAGAGUCGGUGGUCGGUUAAACCUUUCGCAGUUGCCCUACCAAUCAAAGCACCCUGCCCUCCUCCCAAGCAAUCAUCCUUUCCCUAAAUUAAUCGCUGAGCACUAUAACCUUAAGCUUCUUCAUGGCGGCGGGCGUCUUCUGCUAAGCGUCAUCCGCGAAGAAUUCUGGCCGUUACACGGUCGUCAACUAGUUCGUUCCACUACACGUAACUGCUUCCGUUGCGUUCGUCAAAACCCGCAACCCUGCCAGCAACAAAUCGGCCAGCUACCUACCUCGCGAGUCACACCGAGUCGCCCAUUUUCCGUCACGGGUGUCGAUUACGCCGGGCCGCUCUACAUGAAGCCGGUCCAUAAGAAAGCCGCACCUGCAAAAGCUUACCUGUGCCUGUUCGUCUGCUUCGUGACAAAAGCUGUCCACCUCGAGCUAGUCGGCGAUCUUUCGACUAAAGGAUUCCUCGCCGCACUACGCCGAUUCAUUUCCCAUCAUGGAACACCCACGCACCUGCAUUCGGAUAACGGCAAGAAUUUCGAAGGUGCAAAAAGAGAGCUCGCUGAAUUGUUUCUCAUGCUUCGGAAUCAACAUGAGAGAAAGAAACUAGCAGUUAUAUGUGCCGAAGAGGGCAUAACUUGGCCCUUCACACCGCCCAAGGCCCCCCACUUCGGAGGCCUGUGGGAAGCGGCCGUAAAAGUGGCAAAGAAACAUUUAUUGCGUCAAUUAGGACCAACACGAUUAUCAUAUGAGGAAAUGUGCACCGUUCUCUGCCAAAUUGAAGCUGCGAUGAAUUCCAGACCGCUGUUGCCGCUGUCCGACGACCCGAAUGAUUUGGCUGCUCUCACGCCGGCUCACUUCCUCAUCGGCACUUCGAUGUGCGCCUUGCCCGACCCAGAGCUGCUGCAUAUCCCGGCGAAUCGCUUGGACCAUUACGAGGCGCUGCAGCUGCACGUUCAGCAGUUUUGGGUCCACUGGAGAAAAGAAUACCUGCAGGAGCUUCAGAAGGACACGAAGCUGGCUGCCCGUAACAACAAUAUCCAGCCCGGAAGAAUGGUAGUCAUCGUUGAUGAGCAUCUGCCUCCGGUUCGUUGGCCAUUAGCCAGAAUCGUUUCACUGCGCCCUGGAAUGGAUGACAUUACUCGAGUUGUUACACUACGAACUCAGCGAGGAAUAGUUACCCGUCCAAUCACAAAAAUUUGCCUGCUGCCGGUCGCAUCUGCAUCGUCCGAGGAAAGAUUCGCCAUAGAAGCCUGA